AUGAAGGAAUUCAAGUUUGCAUUCGCCCAGCUGGUGACAGCGUCCUUGUUGUCCCCGGCUUGGGGCAUGUGGCCCUUUGAGAGGAGAGCAGUCACAGUCACGGAAACCACCCACAGUACCAUCACGCUGCCGGAAUGUCAUGCAGGAGAAUCUGCACCCGCCUACUCUGUUGCGCCGCCACCCACCGUCAGUACCGUAACAGUCACUGAGGCCGCUUCACCGCCCGUCACAGUGACCCAGUCUGCUGGAACCAUGACAGUCACAGAGACGGCCACGGUCCCCGAAAGGACGGUAACAGUAACGCCGGAGGGCGAAGGAGGUCUUAUCGGGGCGACGGUCACGGUGACUCGGCUCGUCAGCGUUGGAGUUGAUGUGCCAGGAGGCCAACAGACGAUGACCAUCACUCAGCCUCCAGCCGCAGGGCCGACAGUUACGGAGACAGUGACAGAGUGCUGUGGUGAAGGGGGCCUUGGUUUGACGAUAACUAUUACUCAGCUCAUCAGUGUAGGACUCGGUCUCGGCGGGCACAAGACUACUCGCACCCUGACUAUCACAGAGACUAAGCCCGGGGAGACGGUCACCUUGCCAGGGGGGACCGAGACGAUCACUAGAACACUGCCCGGAUCAACCUACACUACCACGAGCGUUGUUCCGGCAAGCACAGUGACCGUUUCGGGCUCAGUCACAACGGUGCCUGCAUCGACAAUUACCGUGACGGUCACCGAGCCCGGCAGCACAGUGGUCGAGCCGGGAACGACAGUGACGCAGCCCACGACAGUGACUGAGCAGGGUCCGACGGUGACGCAGCCGGGAAGUACGGUAACCCUGCCCGGGUCGACGUACACAACGACGACAGUCAUCCCGGCCAGCACGGUUACGAUUUCUGGCUCCGUUACGACGAUUCCUGGAUCGACAAUCACCUCUACGUUGACCGAGCCCGGCAGUACGGUUACUCUAACGCAGCCUGGAAGCACGAUUACUCUGCCCGGGUCGACGUAUACAACUACUACAGUCAUUCCAGCAAGCACCAUCACGCUUUCUGGAUCGGUCACGACGAUCCCUGCGUCGACAGUCACGUCCACUCUGACCCAGCCAGGAAGUACAGUGACUCUGACGCAGCCUGGAAGUACAAUUACUCUGCCGGGAUCGACGUAUACUACGGUCAUUCCAGCCAACACUGUCACAAUUUCAGGAACUGUCACGACAAUUCCUGCGUCGACGGUCACGUCUACACUCACCCAGCCUGGCAGUACGUUUACUCUGCCCGGCUCAACAUACACAACCACCACGGUGAUUCCCGCAAGCACUGUCACGAUUUCGGGAACACUGACGACAAUUCCUGCAUCUACAAUAACCACCACGCUGACACAACCGGGACAGACAGUCACCGUCACAGAUGGCACAACUCUUCCAGGAGUAACGUCCACCCUUCCAGGAGCAACAUCCACAGAGACUAUCUCGGUCACUCAAAUUAUCAGAUCCACAAUCUACAACACAGUAACUGUCACUGAGAUGCAGUCAGGUGAGAGUCAGCCAGGCGGCACCGGCACCAUUACGGCCCCAGGAUCAACCGUAACAGUAUCUCGCAGCAUCUGCCCCCCGCUACCUCCCACGGGAACGUAUUCGCCUCCCUUUGCGAUGCCAACCGACUGGACAUGGGGUUGUGCUCCGGGGUACAUUUGUCACCCCAAGCGCACUGGCGCGGACAGCGAAUGUAAUGUCCAGAUCGGUUACCCCUCAGACCAAUAUGUCUGCAGACCGGACGAAUGUAUCAAAGCGCCGAAAUACAUCCACGAUCAGUACUGGGGCACACCUGGCACUUCCGACGAAAUCGGCACUGUCUACAAUGUCUCGCAGGGAUACUUCAACCUCGACCCGAAGAAGUUCGGCCUGAACGACACCAUCUUCCAGGUACCGGCCACGCCCGAGUCUACCCAUAUGAUGGGCGCUCGGGGGAGAUAUGCCCGACGAGAAGUUUGGGGUGCGCUGCUGGGUCGCCAGAGUCCACCGAUAGGGAAAGUCCCAGGCAAUUGCUUCGACGACUGUAACAAUGCUGGACUCGUGGCUUUGUCCGUAGGAAAGAAGCCAGAACUCUGUGAGGCGGGCUCGGAUUUCAUGCGGGACUUGGGCGUGUGCGAGAAGUGCUGCAAAGUAUAUCAGAAACAGGGUUCUGGGACAUACGACAAGGACGUCAAGCCCGAGUUCCAGCAGUGGCUCUACUACUGUGCUAACCGAGGCACGAGCACCACAUCUGCUGCGGGCCAAACCGUCGGCUCGACCACGACCAGCAAGGCCAGCUCUAGCACCAGUCCCGGUUCCACCACAGGAGGAACGACUUCGACGACAAGCGCGAGCACUACCACAGGCUCCAGCAGCAGCAGAAGCAGCAGCACGUCCAUCUCAUCGUCCAUCUCAUCGUCCAGCCAAACUUCAGGUAGGACUACUCCUACUUCACAGUCCGAUAACUCUGGAACGGCGAAACCGGGAGCUUCUACUUCAGGCAUCCCGACCUCGGUACACGUCAUAUCGACCAGCACCAGUGGCAGUAGCAGUGACGGUGGCACCGGUAGUGGUGGUAGUGGUGGUAGUGGUGGUGAAGCAACUGCUUCCAGCUCAAGCAUCGUCACAACGAGCCGAGAGGUCGUGGGAACGCCAACCACUGGCGGAUUCACCGGUACAUCGACACCACCUCUGUUUACUGGCGCUGCGACUAUGCUUUCUGUGCCGUGGGGAUGGAGUCUCCUUGUCUUGAUUUUUGAAUUUCUUGCCUUUGAUUUUGGAUUCUAA